AUGGACCGCGCCGGACCACUGUCGCCGCCCAGCUGCUCCGAUGUAACGCUGUCGGUGGACAGUUCCAAGGGACGUCUGGUGGUCGACCGGAUGGACUCCAUCAGGAACCUGUUCGGCUGUGAGCUGCGGAUCGUCAACCUUGGUGGCUGGACGUCCGCGCCGUCGGUGGUUUUCGCCGUUACCAUGCUGGACGAAUACGACAAGGCGCCGGACGAUCGUUUGAUCGAUAGGCUAAAGUGUUACGUGGACUCGUUGGACGAACUGCAGCUGCAGACAUUGGACGAGUGCAGCAACGACGAUUCGAGCUACGACUCGGACUUUGGAGGCGACGACGAUGCCGUCGGCGGAUCACACUUUGGCGGCCACCACGACGACGUCAGCCGUACCACGUCGGACACGCUCGGCGCCGAGUACGCGGAAUACGUGAGCGCUGCCGCGUACAAGUCGAGGGUGGACUUUGCGCUCAAGCUCGGCUACACCGAACGCCUGGUGCAGACGGCAAUCGGCAAGCUGGGCCCCGAACCCACGCAGGACCAACUGUUAGCCGAACUGAUCAAGCUUGGCGCUCAAUGUGGUCACAGGUUGCACUGCGACUCGGACGGCGAAGAGGCACAGUCGAAUAACACCAACGACUCGCUGCUUAGUCCCCAAGCGCCCAAACUCCGGCACGUUGUCAUCGACGGUAGCAACGUCGCUAUGAGCCAUGGAAACAAAGAGACUUUCUCGUGUCGAGGCAUUAAAAUCUGCGUUGAUUGGUUCCGGAUGAGGGGCCACACGGACAUCACAGUGUUUGUGCCAAAAUGGCGGAAAGAAGCUUCGAGGCCCGACAACAGGAGGAUCAUUGACCAAGAUAUCCUGACGGAAUUGGAGCGCGCUAGGAUGCUGGUUUUCACCCCUUCCAGAGAAAUCGGCGGCAAGCGCAUGGUGUGCUACGACGAUCGGUACAUUCUGCGUUUGGCCUCGGAGCUAGACGGCGUCGUUGUGUCGAACGACAACUACCGAGAUCUGGCCAACGAGAGUCCAGCGUUCCGUUCGGUCGUGCAAAACAACAUACUAAUGUACUCCUUCGUCAACGACAGGUUCAUGCCGCCGGACGAUCCACUGGGCCGUUCGGGUCCUACCCUGGACGUGUUCCUCCGGAGCAAAGCGCCGGGCGUCGGUCUGACCGCCGUCAGCACGGAGACGUGUCCGUACGGCAAAAAGUGCACGUACGGCAACAAAUGCAAGUUCAGUCACCCCGAGCGUGGUCUGCAGCCCGUCAAGUCCGUCACCGAGCGACUGAUGGAACACGCGCAGCGGCAGGGCUCGGCCGGUCGACAGAUCAAGGGCAAGUCCGUUAGCCUGCCGCUGCAGCAGUCUGGCUGCAACAACCAGCAGAAGAAGCCGCUGGCCCGGACCAUGUCCAACGUCCCGCCAACGACCACCCACCACAAUCACUCCAACCACCCGCACUGGGUGGGCGGUGGAGCGUGGACGGCGGCGUCGCCGAGCUCCAACAACUACAGGGGCAAGCCCGCCGAGUCGUCCGAGUCCGAGGAAUGCAGCAACUUGCACCACAAGCUGCAGCGGCAGCUCACGCUGAACCCGACCUACGACCCAAGAUUGGUUCAUCUGCGGCAGAGCCAGCACUGCAACGUGACGAGGAUAGCAUCCGCGCCGCCCGUGCCCAUGAUGCGGCCGCAGCCAUCAAUGAACUUGCAGCCACACACGCUGGUCGCCGCCAGCUGUUCCGAUCCACAGAUAUUUCCCGGUUACCACGAAGCCAGGCAAAAGUUGUACUACCAUUUGUCGUCAAUAUUCCCUGAGGAACAGGUGUCGGCAGCCAUGCAGUACUACCCGAACGAGACUAACCCACAGAAGAUUUGUGCAGCCAUACUGAACAUGUUCUCGAAGACGUGA